AUGUUGACACGAAGUACAGAUAUUGAUACAGCUGCUUUAACAACGUUAGGUAAACGACAUGAAAUUCGUUUUCAUGACUUAAUUACCAAAGAAGCUGAAUUAAAUAAAGCACUCGCUGAAUUAUUAUCAAUGUCAAAUGAUAUGGACAAAUCGUCUUCAAUAUAUUCUUCACCAAGAUCCGCAACAAAACAUAACGAAACGAAUACUAUAUCGUCUAGUAUUAAUAUGUUAAAUCGUUUACUUGAAACACUUGAUCUGGAUAAUGAAGAUACUAAAAACAGAAAACAAAAGAAUAAUGAUAGUCCUAUUAGACCGAUUAAUAUAUUUCGUCUCAUGUUGUCAGAUAACGUAUGUGCCAAUUGUCAUCAAUCAUUUGCUACCAAUGAACAAAUCGUCAAUGCAGCUGGACAUAUUUGGCACACGCAUUGUUUUGUUUGUACACAAUGUUUUCAACCAUUUGAAAAUGGAAUCUAUUUUGAACAUGAAGAUCGAAAAUAUUGUGAACGAGAUUUUCAAAUGUUAUUUGCACCAUGUUGUGCUGAAUGUAAACAAGCUAUUGUUGGUCGUGUUAUUCGAGCAAUACAAAAAUGUUUUCAUCCCGAUUGUUUUCGUUGUCAAUUAUGUCAAAUACCAUUGAUUGAAAUGGGUUUUUCGAAAUAUAAUGGAAGAGCACUUUGUCGAGAAUGUCAUACAAAAGAAAAAGCAAAAGAUUUAAGUUUAUCACAACAUAUUUGUUCAAAAUGCCAUCAAAUUAUUGAUAAUCAUUGUUUGAAAUAUAAAGAUGAAUAUCAUCAUGCAUAUCAUUUUCAAUGUACAUCAUGCCAAAUUCAAUUAGAUGAAAACGGUAGAGAAGUACGCGGUUUAUUAUAUUGUCUUCCAUGUUAUAAUAAACUUGAUGUACCUGUAUGUGGUGCUUGUCGACGUUUAAUUGAUGAUCGAGUUAUUAGUGCACUUGGCAAACAAUGGCAUGUUGAGCAUUUUUGUUGUGCUCGUUGUGGUCAACCAUUUUAUGGUAGUAAACAUUUUGAAAACAAAGGUUUAGCUUAUUGUGAAUCUGAUUAUCAUUUUCUUUUUGGUUCAUUAUGUUUCGUAUGUAAUACUCUUAUUACCGAAGGUGCUUAUACAGCCUGUAAUAAAAAAUAUUGUGCUGAUCAUUUUGCUUGUUCAUUAUGUGAAAAAAAAAUGAAUGAAAAAAGUAAAUUUUUUGAUGUUGAUGCUACACCUGUUUGUAAACAGUGUUAUGGUAAAAUACCAGCUAAUACUCGAAAAUCACUUCAACAACAACCACAAAAAAAGAAACAAUUAUCAUCAAUAUUAAAACAAAGCACUGUUUAA